AUUACUCCUUUUCCCAUGACUACAGCUCCUGACGAACAGUCCCUCUCCGGCUUCCCUGUAGGUCCCUUCGGAUACUGGAUACUACUCCAUCCAAUUGGGCAAAGGCUGCAGCCGGGGCGGGUGGCUACCUGCCCUUCGUUAUCAGGUGAAAACAGCGCAUACCAUCCUCCGGAGCAGCAGCGAGCCCGGCAGCAGCAGCCCCUCACCGGCUAUCACCCUCCCUGCCUCCUCUGGCAGGGCUGCAGCCGCCCAUCCCCGCUCUGGGGACACCUCCCCGUAAGGACCGGUGCAUUUUUCACCACGGCCACCAGCACCACCAACCCCCUUGGGGUAGCUCGACGGGAGGGUGAUCGCUACGGACCCUGCGUUUCCAGAGCGGGGCCUUUGUUAACGGGGGGCGGCGGGGCGGGGGAAACAGGGGGGAUCUUCAGCUGCCGUACCCGCAGCACGGGCGCACGUAGCCCGGUCCGGCCCCAGCGCUGCCAUUCGACGGCGUCGCGGCGGGGCGGGCCCCCGCCCUACCCUCACGCGGCUAUAAAGGGCGGCGGAGAGGCGCUGCGCCACCUUCUCACUGCGCGCCGGGCGGUUCGGAGGCAGCAGGAACAUCCCGAAGCGGUAAAGAUGGUGAAAGUCGGAGUCAAUGGAUUUGGCCGUAUCGGCCGCCUGGUUACCCGGGCUGCCGUCCUCUCUGGCAAAGUCCAAGUGGUGGCCAUCAACGAUCCCUUCAUUGAUCUGAACUACAUGGUUUACAUGUUCAAAUAUGACUCUACUCAUGGCCACUUCCGGGGCACUGUCAAGGCUGAGAAUGGGAAACUUGUCAUCAAUGGGAAUGCUAUCACCAUCUUCCAGGAGCGUGACCCCAGCAACAUCAAGUGGGCAGAUGCUGGUGCUGAAUAUGUUGUGGAGUCUACUGGUGUCUUCACCACCAUGGAGAAGGCUGGGGCUCACCUGAAGGGUGGUGCCAAGCGUGUGAUCAUCUCUGCCCCCUCUGCUGAUGCUCCCAUGUUCGUGAUGGGCGUCAACCAUGAGAAGUAUGACAACUCUCUGAAAAUUGUCAGCAAUGCUUCCUGCACUACUAACUGCCUGGCGCCCUUGGCCAAGGUCAUCCAUGACAACUUCGGCAUUGUGGAGGGUCUCAUGACCACUGUCCAUGCCAUCACAGCCACACAGAAGACAGUGGAUGGGCCCUCUGGAAAGCUCUGGAGGGAUGGCAGAGGUGCUGCUCAGAACAUUAUCCCAGCAUCUACUGGAGCUGCUAAGGCUGUGGGAAAAGUCAUUCCUGAGCUCAAUGGGAAACUUACUGGAAUGGCUUUCCGUGUGCCAACCCCUAAUGUGUCUGUUGUGGACCUGACCUGCCGUCUGGAAAAGCCAGCCAAGUACGAUGACAUCAAGAGGGUAGUGAAGGCUGCUGCUGAUGGGCCCCUGAAGGGCAUCCUGGCAUACACAGAGGACCAGGUUGUCUCCUGUGACUUCAAUGGUGAUAGCCAUUCCUCCACCUUUGAUGCGGGUGCUGGCAUUGCACUGAACGACCAUUUUGUCAAGCUGGUUUCCUGGUAUGAUAAUGAAUAUGGAUACAGCAACCGCGUUGUGGACUUGAUGGUCCACAUGGCAUCCAAGGAGUAAGCUGAGCACACAGCCCCCCCCCUGCUGCCUAGGGAAGCAGGACUCUCCUUGUUGGAGCCCCUGCCCUUGUUCACCACCGCUUAGCUCUGCAUCCUGCAGUGAGAGGCCAGUUCUGUUCCCUUGUCUCCCCCACUCCUCCAACUUCUCCCCGAGCCUGGGGGAGGUGGAGAGGCUGAUAGAAACUGAUCUGUUUGUGUACCACCUUACAUCAAUAAAAGUGAUCACCAUCUGAAAA